AUGGAGCCAAAACCAACCAUCAAGUUCAAGCUAAAUGGGGUAUCUCAUUCCGGGGCUGACAUUGAUAACUUUGAACUCCAAGCUUGCUAUCGCGCUCUUGACAACCUGCGGAGCUUGUUGUUUCAAGCACCAAUGCUGGAGCUUCUGAGAGAUCAAAUCGAGGAAGGAAACCACUAUUUUGAAUCGCUGAUUCACGCCUCUCAAGGGGAAUACAGAGAAUGCAGAAUGUACAUGAAAGUUGCCGGGGUUUUGGCGACAGAGCUGAGGACAAUCUGCAGCCGCUGGCAGCUCUCCCAACCCAUCGACGAGAUGGCACGAAUGUUUAUAUUCCCGACGCACCCUGAAAACUAUGUGGUUAUGCAUUCAUCAGGAGUCCCCGCCAGAAGUGGGCCAGACUGUGGGGUAGAGGUCAUUGGGGAGCACAUGGCCAAGGUUCGAUUUGUCAGUCUCAUGGACGGAGAGAUCCCGAAAUGGAUGGCGGGGCAGCGAGAGGACGAGUAUGAAAUGGUAGAGUACUUAGUCGCGAAACUGGACAGUGGGAACAUAUUCUUCUAUAUCAUGAACGAGUUCAUGGAUACAGAGGGCGGUUGCAAGAUCAAACUGCGGGCCUUUUUCCCAUCUGCUUCGCCAUGGUCAUUGGUCAGUCAGCAUGCUGAACAUCUUGCGGUCGAGUUUCGAAAUCUUAUUCAAAUGGUCUAUGGGGCCAUCGAGGAACUUGAAGACAGCUAUUGA